AUGCAGUCUACAAUGGAGAAACUGAAAAACAAGGCUAGUGCUGCCAAGGAGCAAGCCAACAUCUAUAAAGCCAAAAUUGACGAGAAGGCAGAGAAAGCAAGGGCAAGAACAAAGGAGGAGGAAGUGAUAGCACAUGAACGUUCCAAAGCUAAGGAAGCUAAAGCAAAGAUGGAGCUACAUGAAGCUAAAGGCAAGCAUGCUGCAGAGAAGCUAAGCACCAAACAAGCACAUUAUUAUGGUACUCAGCAGCCACAUGUGGAGUACUUCGAAGGAAACCAGCCAUUUGGGUCAAUUCCCAAACCUGGAACCACCGCUCCAACUUAUCCACUAGGAGGAAAAAACAUUCUAAGGAAUAACCACAUAUAG